UAUGAUUUAGGUUUAUAAGAAAAAAAUUACGAAAAUCAAGCUAAAUUUCCGUAAGUCUUCCAAGAUGAAAACUUCGACUGCUUCAGGAAUAAGCCACAAAACUAAUAUUUCAACAUCAGCGGUUAAUGCCAAGGCACUACCAAGUGUUUAUGUUUCGCUAACCCGUCUAAUGCCCGCCAAGAUGCCAGAUAUUGCUAAAAAGCAGUAUUACAAUUUAGUCAAGUCGUCGGGCUUAAUGAGCGGAAUACCUGCCGAAAAUACAACCUGGGAUGGAUUGUCACCGGAAGCAACACCCGAAAGAGAACUCGAGAAAACAAGCCGUGAUUCCAAACUGUUAACUCCAGCUACCCAAACUCAGCUUCAGUUAUCUCCAGUUGACCUGGACGCAGAUAAUCAAGAUCUGAGCAAAGAGCCGUGGAGUGACAGCCCAGACCCGUACCCAUCACCAAAAAGCCCAGCAAAUGACGAAAAUAUUGAAUCAGAUGGGUGGUUCACAUCAUCAAAAGUCAACAGACCUUGGCCCUUUGAACACGAAGUCGACAAGUUGUUAUGUAGAAAUCCGGUUGUUCCUUGUGAUAACGAGGUAGAGGCUAUCAUGGCUCGGCAAAAUUGCGAGGUGUCUAAACAUACUCCAGAUAUUCCCAUCCAUCGGCCCCAUCCAAGCAGCGGUCUUCUUCAGACCAUCAUCAUUCCUUUAAAGCCAGUAGACAAAGUUCCAUCUACACUGGAUGUCUGUAGGGAAGAAUCGCCCGUUUUUGAGAGAAACGGGAUAUGGACCACUCCUGGCAGAAAACCGUCAAUGGAAAAAGCAAAUGGGGCUGCGGGAAAAAAGGGAUUGAAAAGAAAACGUGGUAUACCUAAAAAGCAAGAAAAAGUCUCCGGAUUGACCAACUCUGUGGAUUUAAGGAAUCUUAGUGGUGAAUUUGAGAGUGCAUCUCCUCUUGCAAAUAGCGUCCAAGCAACAGAGCGAGAGAGUACAGAAGAACCAGAAAGAAAAUGUAAAAAAAGGACCCUUAAAAGUGAUACAGAAUUGUUAGGAGAAAAGAGAUCUGCUAAAAAAAGAAGUAGACCCAAAAAGCGUAGGAGAAUGCAUUCUGUCGAAGUUCCUGCACUAAAUCAUACUGGGGAUUUAAAUUCUUCUGAUGAAAGUGCUAAAAGCAACCUGUUUUGCCAACCUGAUGCAGAACAAAAUGAAAUAAGAGGCGAGGAAGAAACUUCGCAAAGCAAAGGCAGAAAAAGUGAAGUAAGAAAAAGAACUAUCGAUUGUGUUAACUCGACGGCACACGAAUUAUUACAGGUGUCAAGAGAGAUGCAAGAACAAAAAUCACUUGAAAAGAGAGAAGACAACCUUAAUCCAAAGAUAGUGGAUGACACAGCCCAUGGAUCAGAAAACCCGAAUGAGCAAACGCCAGUUUUAAUUGACAUCGAAAGUUCAUCUUCAGAAGGUAGUGACUUACAUUCUAGCCAGUUAAAAUUUGAGCAAAUCCCAGUAGAUGACGACGAACAAGUGAGAGAAACUCCAGUUACAACACCAAAAAAAUGGCUAAUUGCUGUUGAAAUUGAGAGCUCGCCACUGAUCAAAUCGUUUGAACUAAACAACGAAGAAAAUGGCGCCGAAAGUCUUCCUAAAACAACUGUUUUCUUACAGGAUCAGGGAGAGAAGCGCCAACUUUCUUCCAAUUCUGAAUCUAUUCAACGAGACCAAAUAAUCAUCGAAAGUUUAUCUUCAGAAGGUUGUGACUUAAAUUCAACGAGCGAGUUAACAGAGCAAAUCCCAGUAGAAGAAAACGACGAACAAGUAAGAGAAACUCCGGUUACGACGCCAAGAAAAUGGCUAACUGCUUUUGAAAUUGAGGGCUCGCCACUGAUCGAAUCGAUUGAACUAAACGACGAACAAAAUGGCGCCGAAAGUUUUCCUAAAACAACUGUCUUCUUACAGGAUCAGGAUGAGAAGCGCCGACUUUUUUCUAAUUCUGUAAGCAAUAAUGACAUUAAUGGAUCUAUCCAACAAGAUCUAUUAAUCAUCGAGAGUUCAUCUUCAGAAGGUAGUGACUUAAAUUCUACAAGCCAGUUAACAGUUGAUCAUAUCCCAGUAGAAGACGACGAACGAGUGAGAGAAACUCUAGUUACAACGCCAAGAAAAUGGCUAAGUGCUGUUAAAAUUGAGAGCUCGCCACUGAUCAAAUCGCUUGAACUAAGCGACGAACAAAAUGGCGCCGAAAGUCUUCCUAAAAAAACUGUCUUCUUACAGGAUCAGGGAGAGAAGCGUCAACUUUCUUCCAAUUCUGUAAGCAGCAAUGAAUCUAUUCAACGAGACCGAUUAAGUUCUUAUAAAAAGGAGUUAUUCCCAGAUAAAGAACUAAGCACGAGCAUUAACGUUUCAAAAUGUAAAUUUCGGAAUCGAAAAUCGUCCGAGCAAAGUACCACAGACACAAGAAUAUCUCUAAGGCCUCAAGAAACUAGGUUGUCAACGUCCUCAAUCGAAGAUGUGCCGGUUUCGAAGAAAGAAGAUAGAUGUAGGGAAUGUCAAGAAAAUUUUGGAAGGAAAGCUUGUCCGGCCUUGAAGGGUCUUUCAGUCGUUUGUGAGCGACUUCCAAACACUGUUUUAGGCAAGAAAGAUAGAGGUUCUCUGUUAUUAGAAAGAUCUGCUUCAAAUGAAAACACUGGAAAUGAAAUUACAGAGGGACAAGAAGUUUCUAAGCUAUCUUUAUCGAUUGAACCUGGUUUCCAGGCAAUUAAGAGUUCCCUGUUAACAAGGAACCGAGGACUUCCUAUAUUAAGUUUAAAUGGAAAAGAUAAGAAUUUAGCUCAGAGACAAAAUGAACUCCUAGAAGAAGAGGUUUAUUCUAUUCCAUGCAGUCCUUUAGAAACCUCAAGAUCGCCAGCAUUCGAAAGAGGACAAAGAAAAUAUUCAAGUUCUUCAAUUGAGAGGUCAAGUAGGUCAGACAGACCCGGUAAUGGUACUAUCGGUUCCACCGAGAAAUCCAACAUAUUAAGAACGAAUUUGGAAGGAAAAAAACUUUUUAAAAAAUCUUCUAGUCGCCUGAAGAAAAGUUCAAAGAACAAUUCGUUGCCUCAGGAACAUAAUCAAACAUUAUGUUCAAAGAUAUCCAACACUAGUUUAUUAGAUGGGACAGUUCGCCUUAUUCCAUGUAGUCCCGUACAAGAUGCUCAAAUAUCAACGUUGUGGAAAAAGAGAGAGAGAGAUGGAAAAGAAAGGAGAAAUAGUACAGCGAGUUCUGAGACAUCCCCAAGACAUGGAAAAUCUCCAGAUAUGAUUUCUUCACUAAACGGUUUCAAAUCACCAGUUCCUUUGAAAGACUUAGUUGUCAAGUGUGAUCGCCUAGCUGCUGGUAACUAUGACGUAGUAAAAAGCCCAGAAAAUUUACUCGUGGAACUUCCAAAGCCCAAACGAAAAAGAAAGAGGCAAAAAGUGAACUUAGAAAAAAAGGCUAUCGACAUAAAAAAGAAGGCGGGAAAAACUGGGGAAAAGCAGAAAAGAAAAAGUAAAUCUAAUAAAACUGAGAAACCACGUAAGAAAAGAAAGCUCAGUAUACCUGACCAUUACAGGAGCUAUAAGCCUUGCCAGCUGUCUACCAUCAGUCAUACUAACAUGAGAUACAGAGUGGCAUUCAACCUCUGGCCGCAGAAGUUCACUGGGGCCCUGGACAGAAUCAAUCAACGACUGUUCAACCAGAAUUCGUUUUGGAAUUCUUUGGGAUAACAGCCAAAGCAGCCAAGGCACAAUGUAACGACCAUGUAACGAGAGUACCCUGGUUAUCCAUUGGGCGCCUGCUUGUUUGCUCCUUUACUUUGUUUUAUCUCAUUUCAGGCCACAUCAGACAUUCCCUUGUAAAUAAUGUCUUUAUAAUCUGCUAACGCUUUGAAAAAUAUAUGUUUAAUAUGGGUCGCAAGAAUAUAAUUCCCAAAACGUUUGCAAUAGCCAAAGUGCACGAGCACGAAACUCUCGCACAAAGCAUUCUGGGAAACCGAGAAUCGCACAAAUCAAAACAAGGAAAUCAAUAGAAAUUUCAAAAAAAAAAAAACUGUUAAAAACGAUUUCCUAGAAAAUUUCGAGGGAAAAGUUGUCAGAGGGAAUAUAUUUAGAGGAGCUGAAAAAGCGUACGUUUUCGGCUUCCCAUCAUGCUUUGUGCUAGAGGUUCGAGCUCGUGCAACUGGUUAUUGGAAAACUUUGCUUGCUAAAUGGAAAAGCCUAUUUAUCCUUCCCUAGAAGCAAAGAUAAUGGUACUAAUAAACAGGCUAGCGCUAUCAAUAGAGCAGAAUACAUAAUUGGCCGGGUAAGAACUUGGCAACUCUACGCCGUUCUGCGGCAUAGCACUUUGCUCACGAAACCCCAAUUCAAAUUUUUGUUACUGAGCGACAUUAACCGGUGAAUAGAGUGCAUACCAUAUAAUCUAUCUAUUAAUAAAUUAACGUAAGCUGAAACCUCCAUUCAGCGAAAUACUUGACACAUGCCCCAAUAGACCUCUUCGGCUCUGACGUAAUGUUUUCCCAUUUCAUACUACAUGUCAUUCCCUAGAGUAACAUUUCUUUGUUUAAGGUUUGCGAACGGUUGCACAUGAGAAGACACAUGAAUAUGGAUACAGCUCAAACAAAGAAUCUUAUUCUCAAGGGAAUGAGACGUGGUGUGAAAUGGGAAAACAUUACCCCAAGCCGAAGCGGUCUAUUAUCAGUUACCCUUAUUUAUGCUUUCAUACUACUGAAUGCCAUAAUCGUUUUCGUACUUUUAUCGUUGUAUUUUUGAGGUAUGAUAUGUUAUUCCAAUGUGGACAGAUUUUCUAACGAUGAAAUAGUGUAGGCAUAUUUAAAUGCAGCGAUUCAAUCGUUGCCGCAUCUAUUGAAAUUUGCGUUCAAGAUAACGCGAAAAUGUUACCCAAGGGCGCAGGAAGAGUAAUCGCACGCCAAGUAUAAUUUCUAACUUAUAGUAUCAACAUCUGAUGUAUAGGGAACCAGUUUCAAAAUUAUUGAAAUAUAAUCACAGAUUUUGGCUAGUUUUGUCAUAUAUAUUAAUUAAAGCCUAUAUUUAGUAAUUUUA